UGUUGAUGGACAUUGGACAUGUUAUUUUACUGUCAUACAGUGUGAAACAUAAAUAAAGCAUAUUAGUUUUGCUAAAAUCAUGACUUAAUACUCAGGCCUAAUCUACUAAUAUGAAAUAAUAUAUUUUAAAAAAUAACUGCCUCUUAUACAUUUGUUUUAAUUAAUGACAUUAUGGAUGGUUUAAUUCACGCGGCAUUGGAAGCUGAGGUAAUUCUUAACCGGGCGAAACAUGUGAAUACAAAUUUAUCACAAUUUGGCAGUGGUGUCACAGACCAUAAAAUGACUUGGACGCACGAUAAGAUACAUCUAGCAGAAUCUGUUGAUGAAUCUAGAAUGAAGUUUCAAAGAAACUCGGUUGGUUCCGCGUCCAAAAGUAAUGAAAAAUUUGACCUGUUCAAAAACUUGCAUGAACUUUAUAAUGAACUAAGUAAGGAUGAAUCGUCACAAAACAUCUAUCAGGGUCUUAAGACAACAUCAUAUUUAUUGGAAAAGUUGUUAGCAAAUUAUAAUCUCAAUACAUUAAUAAUUAACCUGUAUCCAGGGAAUAAAGGAUAUUCACUAUCUCUUAAAAUUAAUGGUAAUACACAAUAUUUAAACCCACCAGACGGCCAUAUGUCUAUGAAUCAAGAUGAAACAUUGAUAGAGACCCCUCGAUGGCCAUAUGAAGAAGAAGAGUUACUUAGUUACAUAGACAAUGAAGAGUUACCAGUGGUGUUAUUAGAUUUGUUAGAGUCCGAGCACUCAUGCCUGUUUUAUUCUGGAUGUAUAAUUGCGCAAGUCAGAGACUAUAGACAAGCAUACCCAAGUUUCCUAUGUGAUACUCAUCAUGUACUUUUAAGGCCUACAAACCAGAGCAUAAUAACCGAUGCCAUGUGUAUCGGUGGAAGAUGCGGGUGGGCGGGGGAAGAACGGAGUGCGUUAGAAGCAGUUGAGGCCGCGUUGGUACACGCUGCCGCACCACCGUUGUGUCUUGACCCUCGACCCGCUGUUGGACUUUUAGCAGCAAGAUUACAUGCGGCUCCUAGGCUAUUUAAUACACCACGAAUCAGGAGACAAGCGAAAAAGUUUUCACAGGUGGCUGUAAACAGAAAAAGGAAAUUGGAUCAGUUUACUCACUAUCAUGGUUUAGAGUUGUUGGAUUUAAUUCAUCGGCAGAGAGCGAAAAACAGUCGACAGUCUGUACCGCACACAAGACUUACUUCUAAAUAUCCCAAAAAACCACCAGAGGUGUUCAAACCCAUAGAAGCUCCAAAAAUGGAGCCUUUACCGCUAGCAUUACCAUCUGAGCCUAGUGGGCCACUACGCCUGGCCCGCGCCUACGAACGCCCUCGGCCCACGCCUGACUGCCAACCGCAACUAGUCGAAGAAUACAUACUGGAGACUGAGAAGACAUCACCACACGCGGGCGCGGGCUUCUUCCAUAUUAAAUUAUCGAUAUUACAAAGGCCGUCCGAUCAAGAGUUCCUUGGGGAGUUGUACGUGGAUAGGGAUCAUGUUGAAGGUGAAAGGAAUGGCGCCGCCUGCCGGUUUACUUUAGGUUCGAGAUUACAAGCAAACAAAUACAUACAACAGUUUACGGAGAUAUUUACAGAAGAAGGUCGUAAGUCAGUUAGAAUAAAACAUAUUGUACCUGGUCAGCUGCCAAGAGUAUCAUUCACUGGAGGAAUGAGAGAAUUGGGUCAGCAGCUGUUGCUGCAGCAGCGGAACGCGGCCGCCGCCGCCAGCAGCGCCACCGUGCCGACGCACGCCACCACAGUGCCCGUUGUCACCACUGCAAUAGCAGCAACGCCGAAUACUCAUACGAACGUUCGUCAGUUACCAAUCCUGCAGGCACAACUACAACAAGUGGGCAAUGUCGCAACAGUGGGCAACGUGGUCGGUAACGUGGCCACCGUGAGCAACGUGGCCAAUGUGAACAACGCGGGCAAUGUGGUGGGCAAUGUAACUGCUCCCACGGAAACCGCUCUCAAACAACAGCCGUCGCCGACGACGCCGCGAUUGUCUCCGCAGGCAUCGACGAAUCAAUUGCUGGCACAGCAGCUGACGAAUCCGCAGCAACCGCUGAACACACCCAAGAUGCAGUCGGCGAUCAUACACAUACAGCACCAACAUCCUUUAAUGUCCACUGCGGGCACAUCCCAGGUACAAAACAUCCAGUAUACAACUACCUCGACGACACAGCAAAAGACGACCAUUACUAAGCCUCGAACAACGAAUCCAGCCAUCACUGCGCUCGUUACUAGUCUCAUGAAUUCCGCGCAACAGUUUCAAGCAGCGGCGGCGAAUCAAAAUGCAGCUAAAGCGGCUGUCAGCACAGCCAACAGCAACGCGACGAUUCUGAACCUGUUGAACAGCGCGCCGGCCGCCAUGACGCACGCCGGCGCCACGCCCGCCGCGGACGGCGCGCUCGGUGCCACGCUGUCCGCGCCGCUCGCCGCCCCGCUCGCCGCGCCGCACGCCUCCCCGCACGCCGCCACGCUCGCCGCCCCGCACGCCGCUCCGCUGUCGGCGCCGCUCGCGGCUCCGCUCUCGGCGCCGCACUCGGGCACGCUGGCCGCCCCGCUGGCCAGCCCGCACAAUGCGCAACAUGCUACGCUGGAUACGCACAAGCUGCUCGGCCGCGUGUCCAUAGCCGGCGCCAGGCUACUCGCAGCCACCACCGCGUCGCAUACUAUACCUACUUAUACCCAACAGGGUGUGGGUGUGCAAGUCAUGAGUGGGUUCACGAGAGAGAACGAAUCGACCAACGUGUCAAGUAGCGAAAGCGCAUUGUUGGAACGGUUGAUGGGGCCGGAGACACCGGUCGCGCCCGCCUCACAGCCACAGCCAGUUUGCCAUUUGCAGGGUCUUAGUCUGACUUCUCUGCAAGGUUUGCAAGGCAUUCAGGGUCUUCAAAACGUGCAAGUACAGAUCCCAGGUCUGUCGGCCCCAAUCUCUCUAUCACUCAACGUGUCGGGCGCUCCGUCGGGCCUGCUGGUGUCAGUACCUCCCACCACUUCGGUCGUACUUACCAACCAACCCUCCAUGCUUUCCUUGCCAAUAGCGCAACUAGUGCCGGGCGUGAAGGGCGCGGUGCGCGGCGGCGCGGUGCAGGUGGUGCGCGGCGCGCGCGCGGCGCGGCCGGCCCCGCGCGUCGCCGCCCCGCGCGCGCCCGCGCCCGCCGCGCCCGCCGCGCCCGCCGCGCACGCCUCGCCCGCGCACGCGCCCGCGCCCGCGCACUCGCCCGCCGCCACAGGGACAACACAGUUCAUAACUCAGGGACGGGCGCAGCCAUUAACAGUGCAACACGUGAGACGGAAAUCAAACGCAGACAGUUCAUAGUAAAUAACGUUAAUGUAACUCACUGCCGAUAGUAAAAUACAUUGUAAAUAUAGUACUAGAACAUUUGUAGAUCGCGGUUGUUGCGCAACCAUGGAUAAAGUAUCCAUCGACUGUGGUCUUUAUAUCCACCAACUAAAAUAAUAUUAUCUUCAUAAAUUAAUUUGUACAUACAUAUAAGGAAACAAAGGAUUUGUCUUUAGACGACUGAAUAUUAACUUUCAAAGACACCGGGUUAUUACUGUUCCCUGUUCCAUCCGUGGAUAAAAUCGGCGCUAAAUAUUAUUAUUUCAUUUUAUAAUAUAAUAUUUAUAAUUUGUUCUCUCUGUUUUAUGUUAUGGUAUCAUAAGACAUCGUUAUUUUCUAGUAACGUGAUUUAUCGAUUUAAUUAAUUUCUCGCGUACGGUGGAUUUGAAUUCUUAAAAAGUUUUCACCGUUCAUAUUUUACUAAAUAAUCGUUAAUUCAGAUUUAAAUUGAAUAUAAGUAUUCAUGUUUAGUUGCCAGCGGAAACAUCGUAAAACCAGUCACUUGGUUUUUUUAUCGAAGUUUGCUCACUUUGCAUUUAUAGUUCUAUCUGAAAGCAUCAAUUGGAAGGUCGUUGAAAUUCCAUUGCAUUUCGGCGGUUGCGAUCGAGACGUGAGAUUAAUGACAAUCUAAUGAAGCCAGAUUUCCCGCGCUACUGUCAAAUAGUUUGUUAGAGUUUGUCUGGGAGAAAUUCUAGUAUCCCUCCUUAUAUAUUUGACCAAGUUAUAAUUUAUACUGGUUAUUGUGCCGCAGAUAGUUGUUGAUUGUUGAAGUAGAAUGAAAACUGAUGAGAGAACAGUAUAGACAAUAGUUUUGUUGCUAUUUCACAAGAUUUCCGCCUUUUUAAGGCAUGUGUAUUUAGUGCUUAUUAUUACGGGCAGGAUAGGUAACAGUACAUAUCCUAUAUUGACAUAAGUUGUGGCAUUCAAGUUUUGUACAUUACGGAGUUUAUUUUUGCUGAAUAUUACAAAUGUUAUUCAAGAUCCAUAAAAUAAAAUGUUAAUUUUCUAUAAUAUUGUGCAACAUAGGCAAUUGUUUUUAAUGCACUAUUUUCGCUGUAUUUGAUACGAUCUGAUUCGAUUUCUGAAUAAUUUUUUACAGAAAAUAACUUCCAUAAUAUAAUCCAUUGUCGUUAAAUCAUGAUAAUGCGUACUGUUUUACUUUGUGUCAAUCAUGGGUUAUUUUAUUGUUAUUGUUGUUCUAACAUCUAUACCGCGUAAGAUAUUAAAACUAAGACAACUCUGACUUGGAAGUAAUUAGAUCAUGACAUUAAUUGUGACCAAAAGAUAUACGUACCGAGGUGCGUAUCGACAAUUUUAGGGUAGUGAAGAUUUUAUUUGUUGUUGGAACUUGGCAUUGUAUAUAAAAGCGUUAUACGUAGAAAGUGUUUUAACUUGUUGAUUGAAUCGCCGGCAUUGAAUGAGCUAUUGAAUAUGCAUUGAAGCAAAUCAAUUCUAUAAAUCCAUAUAUAACAUUGUUCUUUGCAACGUAUUCAAAUAGAUGUCAGGAUUUCAUGUUAUCAAGAAACUUGCCUGAUCAGUAUUAAAAUCACUGUUUUUAAAUAUUUCUAAAUAGAAUGAAGUACAAUACAUAUGCAGUGAUUAUGUAAUCUGUGUUAUAUAUUGUAAAUAUUGUAUUAUAUAGUUUUGUGUUAAGCAUCACAGGUGUGUAGUUGCAAUGAUAUAAAUGAUGUAUGUUUUAUAUUUAUUUCGGGGCUCGCAAUUUGCUGUGCAAACUAUGUCCAUAAGUAAGAAAUAGAAAAUAUAAAGGUGCACACGGAAGAUACAAAAUAUUGUGUUUAAGGGCAAGUAAAGAUGUUAUACGAUUAGAAUUUGCCUUUAGUUUUAUCAUAAGUAUCGAUAACAACGAAAAUAAUGUAAUUGCGUUCUUCAUAAGUAACUGGUGUUUACAUCUUCUGUGGCUCAAAUAACGAGUUAGAGUUUUUAAAGUUCAUAGCCCCGCUUUACGUGGACAAGUAUUUUUAUCUUUUUGUACAUAGUGUUUUUCUCAUAUAAUAUGCUCUUCGGAGCGUAGAAAUUUCUAGUGACGUCUUAUAAAUGAUGAAUACUUAAUUGGCUGCUGAGUGUUGAAUGAAAUUAAAAGCAAUUUAGAUUUUAAGAUGCGAUGUGUUCUGUGUACAGAUAUCGAUAAAAAUGGAGCUAAUUAUAUUCUUCUCAUAAUUUGUAUUGUAAAUUAUAUCACAUAUUCAGACUAACACGCUUAAUAUUAUGUAUUCCGUAUAUGCAAAAAUGGUUACUAAAUUGAAUUAUAACGAAAUUAAGAAAUAGUUAAAAGAUCGCUCCAUUUUGAUUCGUAGUAAAAUUACUAUCGAUAAAUCGAAUGCAUCUGAUCUAGAAAAAUCAAAUUAUUCAAAUAAAA